UUCUAUGAUACAGUGGACCUCGAUGAUAUGGAAUUCGACGAAGUGGAAUCGGUGUUUCUUUAUCCCUGUCCCUGCGGAGAUAUGUUUCGCAUAGAAGUCAGCGAGCUGCUACAAGGCAAGAGAGUCGCGCCUUGCCCGAGCUGUACAUUGAGGUAUGUUGUA